CUGCCUUGGAGUCAUGGUGGGUGACACACUCCCAUCCUUGACAUGUCCUAUAUUUGAGUUCAGUAAAGUUAAUGUUACGGUGGUUUAGUUCCGUGAAGGUGCUACAAAGAUGCCACUUUGUGAGUCAAAGCGUUUACCUUUGACCGAGGAUCGUGGAAUGGGUCGGUCACUCAGAGGACCCACCUACAGGACCUGACUCGUCCGUGGGCUCCCCCCCUCCUCCCUGCGGCCAAUCUUCGGCAUUUUGCUCUGAAGUCUUCGCCGCAGUCCUCAGUGGCCUCAGUGUGAAGAGAAAACCCGACACAAAGGCUGCCGGUAGCGCUACCUCUUCACUCCGUUUCCUACAGACUGUCAAUGGGAGUGAACCUAGACGGGUAUCGAGCAUCACUUCACUUCGGGGCCGCAGCCAUGCACUGCUGUGCGUGUGGUUUCAAGCGUCUCUCUCUCCGCGGAUAUUUAUGCGUCACGAUGCUGCUGCUCGUCGCGCAAAUAAAAGUUUCCUCUCAACAUGCACCGGAGUGUUAUCCAGGCGGCCAUGGAAUUUUGCAAAAUCCCUAUCGAAGUGUGGACUUUGACUCCACUGAGAUACAAACCACUGCCAUUCAGGAUCUGAUCUGUGACCACUCUCUGACUCCUGGCUGGUACAGAUUCAUGAUCAAUAAUAAACCAGCAGAGAUGCCAACCACGUGCAUUGAGAUGAAUCAUUGCGGUACUCAAGCUCCGCUGUGGCUGUCCCUUAAAGACACUUCACUGCCACGUCCUGGUGAGAUUCGCCAGCUCUCUGCCUGUGCCACUUGGCAGUUCUUUCAUGGCAUCACCAAAGAUUGCUGCCUCUUUCGCAUACCCGUCACCGUGCGGAAUUGUGGCCAGUUUAUGGUGUACUACCUGCAACCAACACAAGGGUGCAUGGGAUACUGUGCCAAAGGUGAACACAAUUCAGUGGCUCCUAUUUUGGGACGACAGUAUUGUUUACCAGGUGAAAUAGAAGUCAAUGGCCAAUGCAAAGCUGCUAUUCCAACCCUACCCUCCCGACCAGUGAUUACGCCAGAGCUCAUUGGCCACAGUGUCUACCUCAGGUGCUCCUUCAGCCCUCCGCAGUGGAGCCAGCAGCUAGGCUACCAAGUUGUGUGGGCCAGACACAUUGGCAGUAGCAUGAAGGCUGAAAUCAAGCAGGAAUCCUCGCUGAAGCUCUUCUCUUUAGUGGAGAUGGAUGGUGUACACUUUAGACUCGGAGAAACGUUUUCCUGCAGUGUUUCAACAUUCAGAGCCAACUCCAGCAGUUCUAGGUCUGCUGCAAAAGAAAGUGAGAGCUUUUAUGCUGGACUUAAGUUUUUUACAGAUUCACUUCAAAUAGCAGAGAAUGGGAAGGAGCACAUGGUGACCAUCCACAGCACAGUGCCCAUUCCCUGCUACAGCACUGACAACAGACGGCAGUGUGGAGUCCCUCUAGCUCUGACUGUCUAUGAACCUGAGACUCUUGGACACGAGGCCUCAAAUGUGGUGUUGUCUGCAUGCCAGCUGGUGCUCCAGGCAAAUGCCUGCAGGAAUGGCACCUGCGCUGAGGCAGCGUUUUCUGUCACUGCUGUCACUGACUUCACACGUGAUGGGAACCGUCUGAGCAUGAUUGGUGUUGUUCCAGGACCCAGCGCUCCACCACUCUGGAGAACCUACACACCAACAUCCCUAAAGGUCACGGUCCAAGACAUUCCCACUUCUGUUUGUUACUCUCUGACUGACCCACAUAUAAUCACACUUGAUGGCAGACAGUAUGAAAACCACCAGACUGGAACUUUUGUCCUGUACCGGAGCCUCGCCAGGAAAUUCGAGGUCCAUUCUCGCCAGUGGAACUGUGGCAGCCGGCACUACACUGUUGCCUGCAACUGUGGAGUAGCAGUACAGGAGGGGAAUGAGGUGGCUGUCUUUGACAUGUGCAAUGGUCAGCCACUGGAGACAAGGCCACAACUCAAACUCAGGAACCUCGGUGAGGAGGACGGCAGUCAGAUCAGGGUACUGGAGUCCCACCAGGGGAAAAAGGUCACUCUGACCUUUCCCUCCGGGGCCUUUGUCAGGGCUGAUGUUAGUGAUUGGGGCAUGAGCCUGGCUGUAAGAGCGCCCAGUGUUGACUACAGAAAAACGAACGGCCUCUGUGGCACCUUUGAUCGCAAUGGUAAAAACGACUUCCACAGCCUUGAUGGUGACUUUUAUGGCCGUGACGAACUGCAUCGCUUCAUUAAGGACUGGAGAAUAGCGCCAGGAGAAAGCCUCUUUGACAAGACACCUCCGUCGGCAACUCAGGAGGCUAGGAAGGCUUUUUGUCACUGCAAGAAAAGUCAGAGCACUGCUCAUUACGCUGGCAGAGGGAUAAGGAACCUGUUCAGUUAUUCUGCAAAGGCCGACUGUAACUCAUAUAAUACUGUGGAUUAUACGUCUGCGUUCAACACCUAUAACAGUGGUCCUCUGGAGACCAGGAGCUUUCACUUUCAAACUGAAGCCAAACAACACAGUGGCAGUGAUCUUGUAACUCAUGGAGAGGUCAGAAGGGGUCGUCCAGUUAAUAUGGACAGAAUUAAGAGACAAACGUCACUUCUGCCAUUGUUUCCUGUUAAAAGCCUCAGCGAGUCAGAUCUGCAGAAUUUAGCGUACUUUUUUCCUGAAGAUCACAUGGCAGUGACCAGACCAGAGUUGCAACCUCAGUGGCCAACGCCAAGUGGCCUCACCUCAGCCAAAGCUCUUGAAGUGUGCCAAAAGGCUCUGGCCAACUCCACUAUAGGCACCGUAUGUCGAGGACUGCUGGGACGCCGCCUCGACGAGGCAGUUGAUCUGUGCAUCCUGGACCUGCAGCUUAAAGAUGACCUGGGCUGGGAGAAGGCACUGUUGCCGUACUUGGAGAACGAGUGCGAGAGAAAGUUGUUGGAAAAUCAGACCCAGAAAGCCUUGGAGAUGGCAAACCUAAACGGAGCGUCUGGUAAAGUGAUAACUGCACUGCGCUGUCCUAACUUCUGUAGUGGAAAUGGGGAGUGUACAGAAUGGGGCUGCCGGUGCUAUCACAGCUACAGCUUCUAUGACUGUAGUCUGGCCAUCAGCCAUCCAGUGGAGCUGACAGACCUGGAGAACAGUGGGUUAUGUGACAUACGGGCCUUUGAUUGUCGUCAUGUACGCGUCUUUGGCUUGGGAUUCAUCGACUCUGAUAACCUUAGCUGUUAUGCCACAAGACUAAAGUACGUAAAUGGAGUUUGGACUAUUGCGGAACAACAGAGAACCAAGGCCACGUUUCUCAGCUCCAGAGCUUUGGACUGUGUUGUCCCAUCUUUGAGUGCCACUGCUGUCAAUACAGAGGAAUUCAUGAUGGAUGACAAACCAUAUGCCCGCUGGGAGAUAAAGGUAACCAAUGACGGCUUGCAGUACAGUCAGGCCAGAGUGCUGACGGUCUACGAUGGCAUUUGCCAGGUCUGUGAGUCAUCACCCUCAGGUCUCUGUAAGUUAAAGGAGCGGACAUGUAACAUCGAUGGAAUCUGUUUUGCAGAGGGAGACACUAAUCCCAGCAGCCCCUGUCUGCUCUGUGACCCGCUCACUUCCAAGUUCACCUGGUCUGUGAACAAAGUCAAUGAGCCACCGGCCUUUCACAAACCUGAGAGUGACCUGAGGACUUUUUCCGGGGAGAAAUUUGUCUUCCAGUUUGCUGCAUCAGACCCAGAGGGCUCUGCCCUGCUCUUCCAUCUUGAUAAGGGCCCAGAGGGUGCCACCCUCUCCCCAGCUGGCCUCCUUAUCUGGAAGGUCCCUGUGGCUCUGGUGGGGAGCAGAGGUCAGUCCAGCCACUUGGUCAGCUUUACUCUGUCUGAUGAGUGCAACGCCCAAAGUAACGUCACUGUAGAGGUCAAUGUGCUGCCGUGUCAAUGUCAAAACAAUGGUAAAUGUGUCCCAGACAUCAGCUUCCCUGCUGGCAGUGGGAGAUACCUGUGUUUAUGCCCUGAGGGGAAGCGGGGAGAGCUCUGUGAGGAGGACAACGAUGAAUGCUUGUCAGAUCCGUGCCCGGGCGGGAAAUGCAUAAACACAGUCAGUGGGUAUAGAUGUGAGUGCCCAGCAGGUCUGAGAGGUACAUUAUGCAUGGAUGAUAUCAAUGAAUGUGAGAGACAGCCCUGUUUCCCAGGAGUUCAGUGCCUCAAUACAUUUGGCUCCUACAAAUGUGGCCCCUGCUACAAAGGCAUGCUGGGAGAUGGAAAAAGGUGCACAAUGGUUGAUGGGCUGAUUACCAACUCUCCCACAUCUGCUCCUCGUACCACUUUCUACAACACACCAGAUGUCCUGCUACUCAAAAUAAAGAGCAACACUUUACAGAAGUCCAUGGGCAGUAGCUCCUCACACGUAAGGGAAGAUGUGUGGAAGCCAACUCCAGGGAUUGGUCCAGGUCAAUCGCAGGACAAGUCCACAACUAGGGGGCAGACUGCAGAAAUGUUUCCAAGUCCAUCUCUAACUAAAUUUAAAACCAACCCGAGUCCUGCAUCUGCUGCAAUUCACCGAGGCCAGUCUGUUAAGCUAGAAUUUAGUGCCGCUGCAGUGGGAACACCCUCUGUUGCUAAACAUCCAGAAAACAGUAACUCACCUUUAGGAUCGGUUCAGUUUAGGCCUGUCAACGUCUCAGCUACGUGCGCCAGCAGACCCUGUUUUCCUGGUGUUCAGUGCAUUAACCUGCGGCCGCCACACGUUGGCUAUGUGUGUGGCCGCUGCCCACCUGGGCUCUACGGCAACGGCCGGGUGUGUAGUAAGAAUGCCAAAGCAGCAUUCAAUCACGUCCCACAGCAGCACACAGAUGGCAAGAAUAGCCAACUCCCACAUGGAAGGAGCAGCAAAGUAUCCCAGGUCCACCUGCCCAUACUGCCCAACAGACACAGUUUUAAACAUCUGUCGUCGCUGUCAGUCUUAAGACCCAAUCCUCCUAACCAGGUUAGUGCAUCAGGAAGAGGGGGUGGCACUGGUAGGAGAGAAGCAGUCACUGCCAUCAGAGCUGUGACCAGAACACCAGGAAGCCUCCUCCAUACUUCUGUCAAGCCUCAGUUGACACCUGACCAUAGAUCAAACAUCAGAGCAUACACAGCUAGAGAGGUUGUUGUCCCCCGUGUGACUGUUCCUCAGCGAACCGCAGUAGCGCUAACUGCGAAGGUCUCUUCUCCUGCUCCUCGUCCGUACACUUCUAAGAUGGCACAGGCCAAACAAACAACCCCGUCUCAACUCAACAGCCUGGUCUUCACCCAGGCCAAACUGCAGACCCCUCCAAGACCUGUGCUUCCACUCACAGCAGCCUUUACUGCUCUGUCGUACUCGCUGUCUGAGGCAGAGUUCUCUGCAGAUGGAGAGGAGGACGAGGUUUCACCAGAAGGCUCGCACAUUCUGCAAAUGGUACCACAGAAGAUUUUCACAACACCAGGCAGGCCUGUCCACAUCUCUCCAUCCCAGAGAGCUCUCUCGGUGCAGCCAGGUGUCAGGACGGCUAAAACAACUAAAAACCACGCGGUGACCUGUGCAGACCUGCUGUGUUUUCCUGGUGUCCAGUGUGAGGUCACUGUAGAUGGUGGCUUUCGCUGUGGCAGAUGCCCAGUGGGUUACAUUGGUAAUGGACUAACUUGCAGAGCUGUUUGUAGGCAUGCGUGUGGGAGAAACAUGGUGUGUGCUGCACCUGAUGUGUGCCGAUGUAAACCAGGCUACACUGGGAUUGAUUGCCUCACAGCCAUAUGUGACCCCGAGUGUAUUCAUGGAGGUGUUUGUGUUGCACCUGGUGUUUGUCUGUGUCCAUCUGGUUUUCAUGGAGAGACAUGUCAAGAAGCUUUGUGUAGGUUACCAUGUGAAAACGGGGGAACCUGUGUCAGACCCCAGACCUGUUCAUGUCCAUAUGGAUUUGUUGGAGCUCGAUGUGAAACCAUGGUGUGCAGUCGACAUUGUCACAACGGAGGACACUGUGUGUCUCCAGAUGAGUGCAGGUGUCUGCCAGGCUGGAGUGGAUCAUCCUGUGAAACUGCUCUCUGCUCUCCUGUCUGUCUGAACGGUGGUUCAUGCACUCAGCCUGACACUUGUGAGUGUCCUCAUGGUUUCUACGGAACACAGUGUCAGAAUGCUGUCUGCACUCCGCCCUGUAGAAAUGGAGGUGUUUGUAUGAGGAGCAACAUCUGCUCCUGUCUGCAAGGAUAUACUGGCAGUUGUUGUGAGAAAAGUGUGUGUGAGCCAAUGUGUAUGAACGGGGGCAGAUGUGUCGGUCCGGAUGUCUGUGAUUGUCUGUCAGGUUGGCAAGGACGAAAGUGUGACAAACCCAGCUGUUUGCAGAAAUGCCUAAACGGAGGGGAGUGUGUGGGUCCCAACACCUGCCACUGCACACCGGGGUGGGAAGGUGCGCAGUGUCAUAUUCCUCUCUGUGAACCAAAGUGCCCACAUGGCAGUGGAUGCAUCCAUCCAAACAUCUGUGCCUGCCAGAGUGGAAACUCAGGUUCUGAUUGCUCCAAAAGGACCUCUGUUGCUAAGGGUUAAAAUCUCCAUUCAUCCUUCAAAGCACAUGCUGCUGGACUUAGAUCAGUGCCUAUAAAUUCUUUAUGUGAUUGGGAACAGUCAGUACAGUGUGUCAUCCAAGAAAAAGCGCGUUCUCUACCGUAGCACACGUCAAAUUCCAGCACAUACCGGACAGAGCAGUCAGCUAAGGUUUUUAACAAGCUGAAGAUAUUUUGGUCGUUGAUUGUUCGUGAGGCUCUAGUUACUUCAAAAAACUUUCAUUUUUGACCCUAACCAUUUCGUAUAAACAAGUGUAAGAUGUAUUCAUUAACAUACUGGUAUUUUUUCUCUGUUGUUUUUUCGUAUUUAAAUGCCACUGUGAUCAGGUCCUCCAUGGCGUACACUAGCCUUUUGAUGAGUAUUUAUUAUUUGGUUGUUUAAUACUGGUGCAUAUAUUUUGAUGUAUAUACCUAAAUCGGUGUAUUAUAUCAGAUAUUUUUAAUAAGCAUUGUUUAUCGGUUGUUUUAUAAGUAAACAAAUAAAAUGUCUAUUUAG